GAUGACUCUGAUUCCUUCACCGAAAACCAUGACCAAUCAGAUUCCUUCAUCGAAGACAGACCUGUGACCUUUGAGGUAGUUGACAGUGGUACGAUGAGAAAAACAAAGAAGUUGGUCAGCAGUGAUGGCUAUUCAUACACAGUAAAGAAUGCUACAUCACGUACAAUCAACUGGAGAUGCAGUGUUCGCAACAAGACCAUCUCCUGUAAAGCAACUGUUGCACAGAGGGACCAGCACUUUAUUCGAGGAGCUAAGCCACAUAUCCACCCUAAUGACCCUGGUGUUGUAAAAAAGACAAAGAUAAGAGCUGAGGUCAUGACAGAAGCUGUUGUUCAUGCCCAUAAGUCUGCUGCUGACAUUGUAAAAGAGAAAAUACACAACAACAUCAUUGGCGAAGACCUCAACCUCCCAAACACUAACAACCUUACCAGAGCAAUCAACAGACUUCGACAGGAGCGCCGUCUAAAGGAACCUAGAGAUUUAAACUUGAGGUUAGCAUAGACGCUUGAAUGGUAAAUGGUUGACACAUCUAUUAGUAGGCGAACACCAUGAACUGAACAAAUUUUGUUUGUGAAUUCUAUAUGUUUUUUCUGUUUAAACGACAGAGUCUAGUGCUUUAUAUGAUAGUAUCUGUAACUAAUUGUUUGAAAUGAACAUUGAUAAUCGCGGGCCUUAAUAUGUUUGUGUAUUCUGCAAUGUUUCGUGUGAGUGUUUUUUACGUUAUAAUGUAUAGUGCUUUAUAUGUAACCAUUCUAAAUUGUUCUUGUUAUUAACUGUUAUUUGAUGAUACUCUUUGUAAACAAUAAAGAUAUGAAAUAUA